GCGGAAACAAAUUUACAAGAAACAAAACAUUUAUUUCCACGACUAUGAAUUUAAAUGAGAUGUUUAGGGGCGUGAGGCUACAUUACCGGUGCGCAAUUACUGUUGAGGUAACAGAUCGACUUGCACAGCGUGGGUGAUACUGAAAAUGGCACCUAUUUCGACCAGUGGCAAUGACGAGGGAUUCUGGGGCGAAGCAACCUCCACGAUCGAUUGGUGCGAGGAAAACUAUGCUGUAACAUCAUACCUGGCGGAGUUCUGUAAGUGGAAUUUUGUAUUCAUACCACGCAGCUGUUGAUCUUGGGUUGUAGCCGCUUAUUAGCGAUUAAAAUGGCUUGCACCACAUUGUUUUAAAAUAAAAAUACCCUCCACGCAUUGUGUUGCUUUUUUAGUUGGACAUGAUCUGCCAACGUUGGUCAUAUUUUACAAGUGUUCGAUCGCACGGUGUUUAUGCACUCAAAAUAGUUUCAUUACGAUCAGAGGGAUUUUUUGUUGUUUAGAAAACGCCAAAAUCUUUGCAUGCUACCUAAUUUGUUUUUUAGAAACUGUACUUCAUCAUUAAACAACCCUGAAAUUUCCCCUGACAGUUUAAGCUUAAAAGGCGAUCAUGCAUUUAUAGAAUAACCAGUCAGAGGUGUUAAGAUGUGAAUUUGAAUGUCACAGAUAUAGACAAACAUAAGUACUAAUUUCAUUUAACUCUUACUUAAAAACUCUCGCAGCUAUGUAACAAAACAAAAUUUUUAUUUCUUCCAGAUUGAAAAUCAUUUUUCUUUCAUUCUCUGUUCUAGCAAACCUGACGUGGCCUCUAGUAAGGGUUGAAAUUAUUCAAAUUUCCUUCAGCAAUAGCUACCUCCGUUAUAUUGAUUUUGUAAUUGAUAUGACCCUUAGGACAAUCAAUACCAGUUAAGGAAAAUGAAAAAAAAAACAAAAAAAGAAAACAACCCUUUAGGCUUGGUUUUCACCGUUAAUGGAUGGUUUAUACUCUUUUCUCUUGUCAGUAAAGUUGUGUUACGUAUUUAUUCAACUUUUUGUUCUUUUUUUUCUUUUUAUCUAGGGAACACCAUAAGCAACUGGGUUUUUUUAAUUCCACCCUUUUUUGGAGCAGUUUUAACAUGGGAGUAUAAAAUAGAGAGAAGAUACACUUUGGCCUUUGUAUCAUUGCUAGGUAAUCUUUGAGGGAUUAAGCAAAAAAUUAUCUUAAUUAACUCUAUCCUGUUUUCAAAGAAUAGGUUCAAGAUGAGGAUUUUACUUUUUUUAAUUUUUAAUGUGGAAAUAUGAUCAUAACUGUAUCUAUUCCAUUAAUUCCCCUAAUAUUUGAAAUGUGAUUUUGAAGACUUCUUUGGUAACACUGAAAAUGUGACCCUGAACAGAAGGCAAAACAUAAAGAAACACACUUCUUAGAGACUUGAGGAGAUAGACAAAUCUUACUUUUUAUUGUUUUGUCCAGCAUUUUGUCUUCAUUUGCAUACAUCUGAAGUAGGUCUAUUGAAAGGUUGGGAGCUUGUAAUUUAAAAUUCAGAAUUUCAGCUGGCUUCAAGAUAAUGAAUUUGCAUGUAAAUUUUGUUAAGAUUUUUAAAGAGAUAAAAAACAAACAACAAAUUUGGACUUGUCCUUAAAGAUUCCUGAGAGGUUUGUUAUUAUUGAUGGGUUGUAAUUGGAUGUUGAGCCAGCUGUGAUCCAUGAUGGGAAAAUAUUCUAACUAAUAAUUAACUUAGAAUGCAUCUCUCCAGGCAAAAUCUGCUCAAAAGGGUAAGGGCAUAACCACCCUUGAGUCAAAUUUUGCAUUGUUUGUUUUUUGCAUGAUUUUUCUUAUGGUAAGUUUUUAUAAAAUGUUACCCAAGUUUUUUCUUUACUUAAACUUACUUCAUUUUUGAAGAUCAUAUGCCAAGUUAAAUGACUCAAUUUUCCUUCAGCUAGCUAACUCUUCAAGAGUUAUUUAAAUUGUUAAAUGACAAACAAAGGAAACUUGAACUUUUUCGUGCCUAUAAAUGUGUCUGAUGUAUGUCAUAAGUAAUUUCUCAAAACUGAUGUGAUAAACUACAAAGACACCAUAAUGCAGAGCAUUUUAAUUGAAAUAUGUUUACCCAUCGCAUUUGAAAUAAGAAAGUGAGAAAAUUUUGGCUACCAGUCCUUAAUAUCUCUUAAUAUUUGAUAUUGUUACUGUUUAUUUAAAUUUCAUAUGACUAAUGGGUUACCUGCAUACCAUCCACUAAAAGAUGUUUCUCUCAGUGAAUUACAUGUUCUUGUUGCUAUGCCAGCUGACUUUUUGUGAGAAUUUGUCAUCAUAAUCACUGAUAUACAAAUGUUUAUUUUAGUUAUAGGAAUAGGAUCAUCAUGUUUUCAUGCGACUCUGUUGUAUGAAAUGCAGGUAAGGUUGUGCUGAUUAAUGAACAUUUUACCUGUUGAUUAAACUAGUUGUCAUUUAUCUUUUCAGUUAUUACUGCUCCCUUUCCAUUUUAUCACACUUUUUUUUCAUCAAGAGCUUUCUCUGAAUAUAUAUUCUGUUUUCUAUUGCUAGAAAAUAGAAAACAGGCUCCAAUGAGUUGUAAAACACCAAGUUGACUUAAAACACAGGCUGUUACCCAACGAGCACGGGAAAAAUAACUUUUCUUAACUUAUUAUUCAAUUGAAAAUUAUGGCUACAAUAAUUUUAAACAUAAUACUUUAAUUAACCACAACAGGAGGAUGAUUCUUAUUUAUGAGAAAAUCUUAGUGAUGAUCAUGAGAUAAUUGCUGAUAUACAUGCAGCUAAGCCAAUAAAACCUCUCCUAUUGUUUUAAUGAUUUUAUAUCCAGUGAUCUGUAUAUUAUUAUCUUGAUAGCUACUUGAUGAGCUUCCAAUGAUUUAUGGAACUUGUGUGUUGAUAUUCUGCAUGUAAGUAAAUUAAAAAAUAUAUUUUAUUCAUAAAUGUUUUUUUUUUUAUGCUGGUACUUUGUUUGAAUUAUGUGCUUCUCUUGAAAUUAUUCCAUAUCUAGAGGAGUCUUGUUCUAUUGACCAGAAUCCUCACUGAAAUAUUUUUAACAAAUUUUUUGCUAAGGGAAAUGAAAAGUUGAACUGAAAUUAGAUUAAGUUCUCUUGACUUUUGCAUUAAUUUAAAUUAUACAACUUUGACUUCUGACAUAAAGAAAUAACAAAUAUGUCAUUCCUUUUUUUUGGUAAAAAAGGAAGAAAUGUUGAGAAGUCUUUUAAGACUUAACUUUUGCAAUAAUUUUUAAUUCUUUUUUACUCAGUUGUCAUUGUUCUCAUCGUCCACGGGAUCACAACCAAACUCUUACAUUAUGCCUUAUUGUCUGUUGUGCCAUGAUCACUUUGGUAAGAUGUUAUCAUUAUAAGAUUUAUGAGGUACUAACUGAAAGUUAUAACAACUUUCUCUUUGUUAGAAAUGCAAGAGGAUGAAAAAAUAGUGAUAAUGAUGUAUUUUUCCAGAAAAUGUUCUUUACCUGCUUGUGGCUUUUUUGUUAUAUUGAGCCCUUCCUUACCUUUCCCCCCUCCAAUCUGCUGCUAUUGAAAUUUCUAAUUUUGUAUGUUUAACCCCUUUAGUAAGUUUGCAAACCCUUCCUCCUCUCUCUGAAAUUUCCAACCACCCCUUUUGGUUAGCUAUAGAGCAUAAUUAUAGUCUGAAGAUGCAAAUUGAUAUGAUUAUUACCAUACUAAGCCAACUAAAAACUGAAAAAGUGAUGUAUUUUCAAAAGCAGUUAAAACAAUUGGCUUUGUAUUACAGACUCUCAUGUAUUGCUGGUAAUAUGUUAAGUGUAAGCAAGAUGCAAACACAAAUCUGGUGCACUGUGCAAAAUAAUUUAUUUCAGUCAUGAUUUUUAAAUUCUGAAGAGACUACAAGAAGAAUUGAACCCUAAAUUAUUUUACUUUUGUCUCCAGGUAUAUUUGACUGUUGUAAACCCACUAAUAUUUCAGGUAUGUGUUUAAUGAAAUUGAGCUCUGCAACAAUACAUUUGCAGAUAAAUAGGAAAAUCUCAUAGCAUUCACAUGUGUCUACAAACUCAUGUACAGGUGAUUUUACUAACCCUUAACUCCCAAAAGUGAUUAUCAUGAAACUUCUUCCUAUAAUAUCCAUAAAUUACUCAAAAACAGGAAAUGAGAAUAUUCUAACUUAUCAGGUAGAAGCACCAAGUUUUUAUAACUAAUUUACAAGGAAAUGUGUAGCAGCUUUAUGGGAGAAUUAACAAUCAGAUCUAGGGAGUUAAAUGGUUAAUUGAUAAUCAAGCGCAUGCAUUUUAAAAUGUUUGUGUGCUUUUCAUUUGCUUUCUAGUGGGCAUAUGGUAUUCUGGUAGCUACGCUUGUUAUCAAAACUGGUAUGGCUUGUAGGUAAGUAGUUAUAUAAUUAUAUGUUUAUAUAAUUUUAUUUUGUGGUCCACAUUAUCAACCCUUCACACCCCAUCAUCAGCAUGCAUAUUCUCCAUACUGUUCUCUUUACAUUUCUUAUGGAUCUUCAAUGAGAAUCUGUUUAACAAUCAAGAGCUUUGUUAAUUGGUGAUCAUUUCCUCUAAUCUCGUGACCUUAAUGGUUGAUUCAGGGGUGAUAUUGUGAGAAGAGUUUAGAUGCUAGUCACUCUUUGGUGAUCAAGGGUUAAGACUGUUUUUUGUUUUUGCUGGAUUAAAUGGUUAUUAAAUUAAGAGGUGGUGAGUAAAUAAGGGCUGGAAACUGUCUGAGAAUGAGGAUAAAGUUAGAAAAUGCAAGGGCAGGGUUAGUAAUGAAGUAUGUAACAUUACAUUCAGGAUAGGCAGUAGCUGUGAACAACUGCUUCCAAGCCAUAUAGUGCUUGCAUAGGCUUUGGGUCAUUUCUUUAGUGUAGUUUCAUCUUUUUUGGGACCAAACAUGUCCAACAAGGCUAGAACAUGCCUGAUCUCACUUCUCAUGUCCAAUGCAUAGAUUACCUAUUAAGAGGAGUAAGAAUGUGGCAAGAACAUUUGGGCUCAUGCUAUUAAUUACUCUCUUUGAAAAAUUUACUCAUAUUCAUACAUGUAUAACUUUGUUUUGCUCAGCUCCCUUACAUGUUGAGUAAUGCUAUUUUUUAUUUCAUGUAACAGAAAACACAAAGGUUCAAAGAAACUUUUGUUCAUAUCGCUUUCAAGGUAAACACAUAAAUUGUGAAGUUCUAAACAGUUAUUAUGAACAUAUCAAUGAUGAUGGUGAUGAUGAUGAUGAGUAGUGUUGACAGAUGGCAUAACAAUACAUUGUUGUUAACUUUACUUCUAGCUAUGCUAUUGGAUUUAUGCUUUGGAACAUUGACAAUAACUUCUGUCCAUCUGUAAGGUAAGAACCCACUGUUGGUUACCACCUUAAUAUUUUCCUCUCCUCAGUCUAACAAAUUAUUCAUCUGAAAACCAAAAAUUACAUACUUUGAAUUUAUUGAGUAACUAUUCUCACACUAAUUUACAGUUAUUAGGUAAGAAAAAAUUUGAAUACACACUUCACUUGAAAUUUAUCUUUCAAUCCCAACUAAGAGAAAGAGCAAGAGCCAUUGCCACUUUAUGCAUCAGACAUAAUAAACUACAGCAGCAGCAGUUAUGGGAGUUGAAGUUUUGCUUGUAUACUUUUUUGGCUCUUUUUAGACUCUGGCUUUUGACACUUCCCUAAAUGCUGUGCUGUUGUGAAGUUAGGUUCAGUGUGAUUGUGGUAGAUUUCUACUUAGAAGCAAUACCUUGAAAAUGUAUGAAAUUUAUUAUUUUUUAAUUUUUACAGAGAAAUAAGAAAUUUAGUGUCUGCACCUAUUAGACCUUUCACACAGCUGCAUGCAAUAUGGCACACUUUGGCUGCCAUAGGAUCAUAUUAUCAUGUUCUUUUCAGGUUGGUAUCAGUGUUUGUUGAAAAUUGAAUGAUUAGAAAAGUUAAUUGGGUUGGGGGGGGGGGUAACUAGAGAAAACUAGUGAAGUACAAGAAGUCAUGCUUAGGAAAAUGCAAGAAGGGCUUCAUACAAAGAAUUCUUGGAGGGCUUUGGCCUUCUCAUCCUUUUUCCUGAUAGGUAAAAAAACAAUAUGUAAGCCCAUUCCUGCUGAGAAAAAACGAGCAAGAAGUUUGAUGUCAUAUUUACAAUUUUCUCCUCCCCUAAAAGAACUUUUCAUACACUCUAUUCCUGGUUGACUUUGAUAGAAAGAGUCUGUGGAUAUGUGUACCUUUUCAUUGGGUCAUCUACAGUGGCCCUAUUAAAAGGGAUGGGAACUUCCAGGGGCUGCACAGAAAAUUCACCCUGCUUUUUACCUAUUUUAUUAUCUUUGGGCAAGACGCAAUCUGAUUGACAUUUUAAUACAUGUUAGUUAGCUACUAAUAGCUAGUUUUACAGUUGGCUUAUAAUUUUUUCUGUUGAUUUCAUUUUCAGCAUAGAUCUCAGGUUACGGUGUCUUGGAAGAGUAACACAUCUCAAGGUUGGUUCUCAAUAUCAUAUUAAUAUAAUUUUCUGACAUAAAUUAGGCUUUUCUCUGAUGAAUAUGUGAAAUAAUGUCUUUUCAGAUCUUUCAUGGAUGGCUUCCAUUUGUUUAUGUGUCGCGGGAAUCCUUUGAAAAAGAUGUUCUUCCAACAGUGACCCAUAAUGCUGCAAUUUUUCUUUUGUUAUUUGGUCUGGUUGUGAAGGUGUUGAAGUAACUUAACAAUAUAAAUUGAAGGGAGCAUGAAAAAAAGCCUCAAGGGAGUGCUGAUUGUCUGCUAGAUUCUCCUUCCAAAUUGUCUGGUUUUUCUAGAUGAACUGUUAGGAGAAUCUGAAGUUGCUACAAGAGUUACUUAUGGGGCCUUUUUCCUCACACCCCUUCAAAUCUUGUAAACUUUCAGUGAUAGUAUAUACUUGCUUGGGUAACAUAUUGAAUAAGUUAUUAAGUUAAGUACAUUCCCUCUAAACCCCCCCCCUUUUUAAUAACAUCUAUAAUGAAAUACACAGAAAUUCAAGGGUUUGCUAAUGUCUGAUUAAUAAUAAUUAAUAAUUAAUGAUUAAUUUAAAAUAAAUGUGGUGAGAAAAAUCAAAAAUUUAAAAUUGAUAUCAUUGGUUGGGUGUUAUAUUAUCUCUCAAUUAUAUAUUAAGGAUUAUAUAUUACGGAGCAGUUAAGAGCUAAUAUUUUUGGUCUCCAAAUUUUCCUUCUUCCUUCAGUGAUCUCAACAAGUAAGAAUUUGAAUAUGUAAAAUUGAUCUUUUGAUGGCAAUUAUCAAAAAUAGGCAAACAAAAUAUAUGUACUAAUCAAAACACUUAGUUUGGUUGACUUUUCUUGGUGCCAAGUCUCCAGUGAAACAUUUUCAAAAUGCACAAGCUUGAUUCUUCAUUGGCAUAUACUUUAAUUUUUUAAUUAGUUUUCCAUCUUUUAGCCAAACCAAUAGGCUUCCAGUUAGUAGUUAAUUGCUUAUAAUAUAUUAAAGUAACCUUGUAUUUGUGAUAAAUUGUCUUUAGUAACAUGUAAAAUGUCUCAAGUUUGUGGCACAUACAAGUAUAUAAUGUAAUGUAUGUUUCAAGUUGAAAUUAGACAAUCAUUUUAUUAAAGGAAGGAUUAAGGGUGAGAUAUUUUAUUAUGGGGCUAAUUUUUGAUAAACUGCAGAGUUUGUAUAGAGGGUGAAAAUUUUUGCAUCAAAUUUAGGGAUAAUUUUUGAUAAGUUUUCAUAAUUAUGGGUAAUCAAGCAUUGAUUAUAAAUGAGAAUAUUUCAAUCAAAUAGCAGACAGUCUAAUACAAUUCUCUUGUGCUAUUUUCCAAUGUAAUUCUAUUAUAGAACUUAUUACACUAAAAGUUUGAAGUGACCCCAAAAGUGUGUUUAAGAAAGAUUUGUUGAUAGGUUGGUAAGUUUAUUUCCAGCAAGUAAAAAGCAUCAUGCAGUUAACCACAAGUAUAUGUUAUUUUUAUUGUCUUUUCUCUUCAAAACACUAAAUUUUCUGUUAAUGUUUAGCUUUGUUUAAAUAUUUUAAAUAUUUAUUGUCUCCCUUGCAACAUGAAGUACAACACUUUAACAGUUAUGUUGUAAGUAUUUUAUCAUUGAGGCUGUAAUAAAGUAUGGUGCAAUUGUAUCAUUAUUUAUUGUACACAAGAGUGGCUGCCAUUGUUCUAGAAAAGUAUUAAAGGAUUGCAAAAAACUGUUUCAAGAAGUGUCUUAUGACUUUUUUAGCAGUACCAAAAAGUCAGAGCCAAAGAUGAAAAGUUUUAGAAAUAUCACAGUUUCUGAAAACACAUUCAGUUUUCUUAUCCCUUUAUUAACUAAACAUAAAGUAACAAGAAGGAGCUUUGAACAUUUCCUAGUGAAUUAUUUUCACUAUAAGUG